AUGAGCGGCCGGGAGAACGAAGGGGCCCGGGGCAAGAAGAGAAGACCCCACCGACCGCGGGAAGAAGAUGACGAAGAGGAGGACGGAUGCGGCAGCUGGGCAGGGGCCGACCUGGGCAAUAAUGAACGCAAACAGAAAUUCCUGAGGCUCAUGGGGGCCGGAAAGCGAGAACACACGGGCCGCCUGGUCAUCGGAGACCACAAAUCAACAUCACACCUCCGGUCAGGAGACGAGGAUCAGAAAAUGAACGAUGAGUUGGAGCACCAGUACCAGCAGAGUGUGGACAGCAGCGUAUCCGGGCGGAACCGGCGGCACUGUGGACUGGGCUUUAGUGAGCCGAGCAGUUCAGAGGAGAUGCCGCUGCCGCCUCCCCCUCCCCCACCAGAAGAGGCCCCUGGAGCAGAUGGACAUUCAGAUUCAAGUAGCAAAGAAAGCUCUAAGAACCGCAAAAAAAAGGCGAGAGCGGAGGCCAAGACCUCGGAAGCCAAACCCGCGGAGGCCAAGACCUCGGAAGCCAAACCCGUGGAGGCCAAGACCUCGAACAAAGCGCCCAGCGAUAAGAACGCCGCCCCUGAGCGCAAAACCAGCAAGUGCAACUACAAAAUGCAGUUCGUCAAGUCCAGCAGCUCCUAACCUGCAUGUGAGGGAGGAGCCACAGAUCUCAGAUGGGCCGAAGGUAACCACCCCCCUUCCCUCUAUUCAAAUUACCACCUGUCACCCCUUUCUGGGUGGAGCUUAUAACGAGGGUGGAGCAUUAUGUCAUCCAAUGUACACUCUCAUGUGGACCUUCCCCCACCCCCGGUGUCAGGAUUUCCUUGGUGACUCCUCCUACAAGGAAAUCCUGAGCACAGACCUGCUGAGAGGAGUCUGGAUGCCGGCUGUGGACUCGCAGCCAUCACAUGACCUGCCGCCAUUUUU